ACGACUGGGCCUUUUAUAAGGUUCUUGUGUCAGGACCUAUGACCGGUACCAACGUGAAAUCCGCUUGUACCGCGACUGGGAUGGACUAUCCGUGCUACUGGUCAGGUCCUGUGGGCACUGAUGGGUGUUUCAACGGCUGGACCUCCUUCACCGGUACCCACUGGACCUCAGACUGCAUCACGUAUGACCACUCGCCCGGUAUCUACUGUGAAGCCCACCGGGUCCUCGCCAGUAAACUGUGUGGAAUCUGGGACCCUCAGUACUGCCAGCCCCUUGAUGACAUCUUUGUGAACUACCCCGGCUGGCAGAGUGAUGACAGCGCCUGGGGAGUGGACUACGACAAUCACACCAUCGCACUGCGGGGAGCGGACUACUACAACAUGUACGCCCUGUGUGCAGGUGAGGCUGCAGUGUACCUGGCCACUCACGACAACUGGGCCUUUUAUAAGGUUCUAUCCACGGGCAGUAUGACCAACCAGAAUGUCCACGCGACUUGCCACGGUGCGGGCAUGGACUAUCCGUGCUACGAGUCAGGUGCUGCUGGGUGUACCGGUAACUGGACCUCAGACUGCAUCACGUAUGUCGGUACCGGUCUUGUCGACUGUAAAACCCACUGGGUUCUCGCCAGUAAGGUGUGUGGGAAUAUUGAACCUGGGUUCUGCCAGCCCCUUGAUGACACCUUUGUGUACAUCCCUGGCUGGCGGAGUAAUUAUCAUUUAUAUUAUUAUGACGACGCCUGGGGAGUGAACUUCGACACUCACACCCACAACCUGCAGGGAUCGCUCUACGACAACAUGUACUCCCUGUGUGCAGUCUCUACUACAUGUGCGGCCUCCCCGUGCGGUGCACACGGAACCUGCACUGGUGGUGACGAAGGCUACACCUGUACCUGUGAGAUCGGCUGGUCAGGACGCAACUGUGCAGCAUGA